AUGGUGCUAUGUGGGAACAAUGCAGGGGGUGGAGCUCAAAGGGGUGGGCGGGGAGGAGGGGGAGGGGGAGGUGGAGGUGGAGGAGGUCAAUGGAACAACAGGCAACAACAACGACCAGGAUAUGGAAAUAGCGGCACUGGAGGAAACAACCAGCAGAGGAACUUUGCAUCCAGACGAUGGGAAGGGAACCAAUCAAGGACUGACAACAGAAUGGACGCCAGGCAGGACAGUCGUGGGCAAGUUUCAGGCCAGCAACCCUAUGGCCGCAUGAGCGGAGACAACCGGAACCGAGAGGGAUCCUACAUGCAGAGAGGAGAGCCCAGGGGUAACAUCAGAGGCAAUGGGAACCAACAACAGAGGGGCGGAGCUAACAUGAGGAGACCUGGAAGGGGGUUCAGGUCUGGAAGUGCUGGAGGGAGGGGGAGCGGUGGCGGUGGUGGGGGUUGGACAGGACAAGGUGGUGGAAAGGAUCAGUACUCAAGGUUUCAACAAACACCCAAGACAGGCCGUGGAGGUAGAAUGGGAUUACGAGAGAACCAAGGCAGACACAGUCGUUCCUUCACACGAUAAACAAACAGAUAGCAGAAAAGAUUGGUACAAUAGAAUACACAUUAAAGCUGUAAACAUUGAGGGUCUUUGGGUUUAUAGAAACACCAAAGACAAGAUGUGGCAAACAAUUUGAGUUGUGAGAGCCAACAGUGCAGGUCUUUGGGUUUAUAGAAACACCAAAGACAAGAUGUGGCGGACAAUAUAGACUAUGUAAGAGCCAAUAUUGCGGGUCUUUGGGUGUCUAGAAACACCAAAGACAGGAUGUCGCGGACAAUUUGGACUUUGUACAACACAGAACAUAGUCGUUCCUUCACAAGUUGUUAAAAGAAAAGACAGCAUAAACAUGUACAAUGUACAUGUACAUAAAGUGUGAAGACAAUGUGGGAUCUUUGAGUUCGAAAGACAGGAACCUGUGGCAGCAUGCGAGUACCACACAAGACCAAUGCAGUUCACAGUGACAGUGAUCCUUCGCAAGAUUUUUAAAAAGACUGCAGAAAUAUGUAUGAAGUAUAAUACAUAAACUAUGUGAAUGAAGACAAUGUUGGAUCUUGAGGUUUCAACAAACAUUAAAAACAGGAACUGAGGGUCACGUUGGAUUUUAUGCAAGAACCAACUCAGAACACACUCGAUUAUCUUUCAUCUGUUCAUAAGAUAAAUAAAAUGGCAGCUUAAACAUGGUUGAUGUACAUGUAGAAAAUGUAAUAAAUCCGAAGACAAUGUUGAACACA